AAAUACAUUUUAGAGUGAAGGGGACUUUAAGGAACAUAUCAUCGUUAAAUUGAGUUAAACUACCAUAUGACUACUUCAUUUUGGUAGACCAACUGCUUUUUCUUCCAGUGCUUUAUUAAUUUGUUCAUUUGUUGUUGUCAAAACUAGAGGAACAUUGUCUCCUACUUGAUAUCUUUAAAGGCAGUCGCGCUCACUCUAACAGAGACAUCACAUUUGUCUCCAUCUGCCCUAGAAUGCACCUAUUCCCUGUUGUUUUCCACCGUGUCACAGUGAGUUUGUCUUUCUCCAUUAAGGCUCUGAUGUUCUGGAAAGAGCUAAGCCCAGACUCUGCGCAGACACAUUUUAUUAUUCAUUACAUUUUAUUCUUUCCAUCUCUGCACUGUCUGGUCUUGCUGGUGGUGCAAGUGGAAUUGCAGAACAGACCUGACCUCUUGUAUAACACCCAGGAUCUCACAACAUUUAUUAACAAGCUUGAUGUUAUUAAUACAAUAUCAAUUAUAUAACUGCAUUGUAUCAAUGAGUGUAUAAAUACCAUGGUCCUUCAAUCCCUACAGGAUCUAUGAAAACUCGGAAAACACCAGUUCUUUAUGUUAUCUGGCUUAUUUGGUAAUAUGCUUGAACAUGAUAAAAUGUAUCAGAUUAUCAAGACAACAUAUUACCUCAAGCAAAAAAAAAAAAACAAAUCAAAAAACCUAACCUAUGAAUGAGUGUAUGCAGCUGUCUUUUUAAAAAAAAAAAGUAAACUGUUGACAGGAUGUUGAAUCCAGGGGGGUUUCUGUAUCAGUGAUAGAGCUGUUAGCAGUAAGUGCUUACACCAUUACAGGAAGUAGAGCAAAAGGUAUGGGAAAUGAAAUGCAAGCAGGGUUUAUAAAUGACGGGGUGGUUCAUCGCCUGAUGGGUUAAACAUUUUUCAGAGAGCUAUUUGUGGCCUGCAGCUUCACACGCCAGAUACAGACAGAACAGCAUGGAAACGCUUCUUUUUCUAUUUCCUCAAUUCAACUACAUGGCCCCAAAGGAGGAAGCAUAUUUCAAAAUGCUUGGUCCAGAAGACUUGCAGGCACCAAAGAUGAAGGACGAUAAUAGCAGACAGAAAGACAAGGAGAGGAAGAGCCGACUAAGCCUUUUUCUCACCAAGUCUGGUUCUCAUGAAAACGUCAGUCCCCAUAAAAAGACAAAUACAACACCCAGCAACAUCUCACCAGAGGCAGCUUUGCAGUGGAGCGACUCCUUUGAAGAACUGCUAAAGCACUCAGAUGGUGUGGAAACCUUCUCUCAGUUCCUCAAGACAGAGUUCAGUGAGGAAAACAUCGAGUUCUGGUUGGCCUGUGAAGAAUACAAGGCCAUUGAUUCUGAGACGAAGCUGCUGUCCAAAGCCAAAUAUAUUUAUACAGUUUUUAUUGAAUCGGAUGCCCCUAAAGAGGUCAACAUCGACUACAACACCAAGAUGGCCAUCCAGAAGAACAUAGCCCAGCCCACAAAGAGCUGUUUUGAAGCCGCCCAGAUGAAAGUCUACAGCCUGAUGAAAAAGGACUCCUACCCCAGGUUCCUGCACUCUGACAUUUAUCUGCGUCUCUCCAGGAGGAAAGGCCCGGGAGCCACCAUGUUUCGCAGAAGGUCACGCUCCUGUGUAUUCAACGAGAGAGGCGAGGCCACAACUGAAUCCCCGGCCUGGUAGUUAUAUGCCGCAGUAUCAUUUCAGACAUAUUAGCUCAGUCAUUAUGUAGAAUGACAGGAUUAUUAUGAAGAAGAUAAUCCAUGAUGAGAAGCACAAUUGUUAAAAAGUAAUGUGUGGUGCAGAGGCUAAUUAUCCACAGGUCUGCAGAAUUAGUUAUUUUUUAUAACCACAGGGUUCAAAGUGGAUUAUCCCACUUACAUUGUACCACGGCAACAUGCCACAGAUUAAAAUUAAAAAGGCUAUUUUUUUUUUUUUUUUUUUUUUAAAUUUUUUUAAAUUUUG